AUGAACAAAGGCAGCUCCUUAGACAACAACCCCAUGGAGGAUUCCCAGAAUUCAGAGGAAAAAUGCAAGGCCUUCAGGGAUAUUUGCAAAUACUCCUCUGUGGAAGAGUGGGCAAAGCUGGGAAACUCAGAGAAAAUAACCUAUGUGUAUGUGAAGAGAAACAGUGACACCAUGACUGGUCUAGGUCUCAUGGCCAAACUCCCAGAUUUCAUGCGUCCUAAGAAUCGGACCACAGAAUCUCCUGAGCAUGAUUCUGAUGAAGCUCGGAACCCCGGGAAUCAGGAUGAAAAUCCUCAGGAGGCUUCCAAUGAGCAACUGAGAAAACACCAGAAGGUGAUGGCCAAGAAUCUCUCAAGGGAAGAAAAUGACUUGAAGCCACUACCAGUAAUCCCUGACUCAGAGCUAGCUCAGAAACAUCUGUGCCCCUCAGGAAAUGCGAGUGUCUCUGGUCAGCAGAUCGAGAAGUCAGCAGCACCCUGCACAGAGGAGACUGAAGUCUGCGCGAGAGAGCUUCAGGAAAACGAGUGCAUUCUAGAGUAUGAAGAUAUCAGUGACUCUGAAGAAGACAAUCUCUGUAAGCCACCCUUCAUUCCAGCCCUGCACCCUUGCAAAACCCACUCUUGA